UGAACGGACUCGCGACCAGGAAGUUCCUACACAAAACUGGUUAGAAGUGCGUUUUGUUCGAAAGCUGCGUUUGUCCUUCAUUAGCUUGUUUUUUUAUUACGCAAAUUGAAUAGUAAUUCGUAUCUAAUUUUGUAGAGCAUAUUUAAACGUUUUAUUAAACAUCUUGUGGCUGCAGUUCAGCUUUUUUGCUAAAUAAUGCUGCGUAAUAACGUUUGUGUUAGCUGGCCCAGCUAACGAGCGAGCUAGCGUCCGAUGUUGUUUUGAUCAUUGAUUUUCCGUCUAAUGCUAAAAAUACUGAGCGAUAUUGUUUUUUUUUUCUAUUGAGUCUGGUGGAAUAAGAUCGUUCUUAUAGGUGGUAGCAACGAACAAACUAAAAAUAGGGCUUGUUACUCAGUUUAGUAGACCAGCUAGCUAGUUAGCUACAGCUAACGGCUAUCGUCAAACGGCGCUCACCGAGCUCUUCUCUUCCCACCCCGGUCGAGACUCUUGGGAUUGGCCCCCCGGAUUUUCGCCUACUGUUAACCGCACAAAUCUGAUGAGCUAUAGAAGCUCUUUGUAAACCGGGACCAAUGCGCGGGAUGAUGGGAACUCAAAACAGCCCCGUCAAGAGCUACGAUUAUCUCUUGAAAUUUCUUCUGGUGGGAGACAGCGAUGUGGGAAAAGGUGAAAUCUUGGAAAGUUUGCAGGACGGAUCUGUGGAGUCUCCUUACGUCUACAGCAGCGGAAUUGACUACAAGACCACCACUAUUCUGCUGGAUGGUAGAAGAGUUAAAUUAGAGCUGUGGGACACAUCAGGACAAGGCAGAUUCUGCACCAUCUUCAGGUCCUAUUCACGUGGAGCACAGGGCAUCCUUCUUGUAUAUGACAUCACUAAUGGUUGGUCAUUUGAUGGAAUUGAUCGUUGGAUUCGGGAAAUCGAUGAGCAUGCCCCAGGUGUUCCCAGGAUCCUGGUAGGAAACCGACUUCACCUGGCUUUUAAACGGCAGGUCCCGACAGAGCAGGCGAGAGCCUACGCAGAAAAGAACAGCAUGACGUUUUUUGAAGUCAGUCCUCUCUGCAACUUCAACGUCAUCGAGUCCUUCACAGAACUGUCGCGCAUUGUGCUGAUGAGACACGGGAUGGAAAAGUUCUGGAGGCCCAACAGAGUCUUCAGCCUCCAAGACCUGUGCUGCCGUUCCAUCGUCUCCUGCACACCAGUGCACCUCAUCGACAAGCUGCCGCUUCCUGUUGCCAUCAAAUCGCACCUGAAGUCUUUCUCGAUGGCCAACGGCAUGAACGCCGUCAUGAUGCACGGACGCUCGCACUUUGUGAUCAACAGCACAGCUUCUGGCAGCGGCAGUGGCGGAAGCAAAGCCAGCAGUCUCAAACGCUCCAUGUCCUUCAGGCCUCCGCAGAGUCCUCCAAAGUACUCGUCGUCGUCCAAGGGGAACUGUAAAAUAUCGUAGUGAAGGAGCGGAUCAGUCCUUGCCUCUGUGGUGCCGACGUUCAAGAUGUUUUCCUCAGAGAUCACAGGGCUAAGAGCAUGGAGAGCGCCCAGCUGUCAGAAAUGAAAAUAGAUGUUUCCUCUGAUCUUUAGAAGCGGACAUGGACAGAGGGAUUGGGUUCUGUUCACUUUGUGCUUGCUGGUGCCUCUUGUGGGUGUUCGUUUAGCUGUUGUCUAUAAUCCAGAGGCUCGCUGUGAUCAAGACUUCCCUGGGACCAACUAAUGUGAACUAAGGAUUAUCACUUACUUCUUAACACUACAGAGAUGAUUUACUUUUAUUGAAAAACAAAUAUGGUUGGGUGGUAUUUAAAGCUGGACUUGAAACUGAACAUAUACGGACUGU